AUCUUUAUUUUGUCUGUGGUUCGAAAACGAAAAAAUUGAUUUUCCUGAGGAAAUUUAAAGAGACGUCCCGUAAUUAAUAAAAUCUUCAGAGUUCAGAUUCAGACUAUUUACAUAAAGAUGUCGUCAAAAGCACUUGCGACGCCCUUUAUUCGUCAUGUCACGACCAGGGGAUAUGCACAAGCUGCACCAGCUGCUGUCGCUAGGGACGCAAGAAUCCAGUCUGCUGUUCUAACUAAUAACACAUUUGUGGCCGCUUUAGAUAAUGGUUCUCCAGUUGCACGAGUGACCAUUGCUUUUAAAGCUGGGUCUCGCUAUGAGCCUCAAACAGAGCUGGGCAUUGCUCAUGCUCUGCGCUCCGCAGCUGGCCUCUCCACCAAGAAUGCCAGUGCCUAUAUGAUUAAGAGGAAGUUGGCACAAGUUGGAGCCUCCGUCAGUGCCUCUGGAGACCGUGAAUUCAUCUACUACACUCUUGAAGCAACUCAAGAUAACUUACCAGUGGCCAUAGACUACCUGAACAACAUAGUGUCAAACCAAGAGUUCAGGCCGUGGGAGCUUGCUGACAAUGUUCCCCGCUUGAAGUUUGAUCUGGCGGCCAUUCCUCCUCAGGUCCGUGCAGUAGAUUUGCUGCACAAGGCUGCUUACCGUCGUGGUCUGGGCAACUCUCUCUUCAUCGCACCCAAGAGGAUUGGCACCAUCAGCUCGGAGUCCCUGCAGCACUUCGCCUCUACUUCUGUGACCCAGGGCCGCUGCGCCGUGGUCAUCGUUGGUGGCAAUCAGGAUAGAGCCGCUAUGGUCGCUCAGAACCUGCAGAUUGCUACCGGUGGUGACGGUCAGAGCGCUGCCAGCCCAUACUUCGGUGGUGAAUUAAGGAAGGAGAUGGGUGGAGACCUGGCGCACGUGGCUAUAGCGGUGCAAGGCGCGCCCGCUGGCUCCCCGCAGAGCCUCGCGCUGGCCGUCGCUGCUAAAGCUCUUGGCAAUGGGCCGGUCAUUAAAUGGGGAUCUGACAACACCCCUCUCGCGAAGGCGAUCGGCAACGUCGGGCCGUUUGCUGCAGCUGGCUUCAACGUGUCCUACUCUGACAACGGCUUGUUUGGAGUCGUGCUCUCUGUUGCUAAGGAUGAGGCUAACGCUGCCGUAAAGGCAGCUGCAAAGUUGCUUAAAUCUGGUAACUUGAGUGCCGAUGCAAUCAAAGCGGGCAAGAAUCAGCUCAAGGUGCAAGUGCUGUCUGAAGCUGAGGAUGGCAGCGAUCUGGCAGAGUCUAUCGCUGCCCAGGGCCUCACCACACGCACUGCCAAGUCUCCAGCUGACAUCGCCAAUGCGAUUGAUCAACUGUCCAGCAGUGAUAUCUCUCAGGCUGUUUCAAAUGCUGUCAAGACGAAAGUUUCCAUGGGAGCUGCAGGAAAUCUUGCCUUUGUCCCAUACACAGACGAACUAUAGACACACAAAUAGUAAUUGUUAAUAGGAAAUAAUGUUACAAACCACCAUCAAAAUAUCAUGAAAAAUUGAUUACUGUAAUUUAUUGUUAUUAUAUCUAUUAAAUUAAAAUAUGUAUA